CGCCGCGCCGCGCCCGCGUGACGGUCCCACGCCUCCACGCCUCCCAGCGCGAUGCCUCCGCCUCCCUUCGUAAGCAUCAGCGCGGGCGAUGACGCCGCACCCCGACGCUGGACAGCGCAUGCUGUCAGCGCAGCCAUGCUCGCGGCGCAUAUGAAGGCACAGGUGCGCCGCCGUGCCUCUCCACGCACCACCAACCAGACGCAUCCACCAUGGCGCCGCGCAACGUCCUCCUCGCGCUGCUGCGCAACGACCUGCGCCUGCACGACCACCCCAUCUUCCACCUCGCCGCCGACCCGACGCCGGCGGGCGCCGGCUUUGCGCAGCCCGUGACGCACGUGCUGCCCGUCUUUGUCAUCGACCAGGCGCACGUCGAGGUCGGCGGCCUGCCCGGCAUCCAGAAGGGCGGCCGCAGCAAGCUGGCGCAGACGCGCACGGCCAAGUUCUGGCGCACGGGCGAGCGCAAGCUCGAAUACCUCGUGAACAGCCUCUUCGACCUCAAGUCCUCGCUGCGCGCCCGCAACUCGGACCUCUCGCUCUGGGCCGGCCUGCCCGAAGUGGUGGUGCCGCAGCUCGUGCGCCAGCUGCAGGCCGGUGGCGACCGCGUCGAGGGCGUGUGGUUCGGCAAGGAGGUCAACACUGAGGAGGUCAACACUGAGAAGCGUCUCGCCGCCGCGCUCUCCGACCUCUCCGUGCGCCUCGUGCAGCCCUUCGACCGCACGCUGGUGCAUCUCGACGAUCUCGGCUUCCCCAUCAAGGAUCUGCCCGACGUUUUUACCUCCUUCCGCAAGCGCGUCGAGGGGCCGGAGAUGUACCGGCUGCCCGUCGAUCCACCGGAGAAGUUCAAGCCGUUCCCGCAGGUCCAGCUGGAGGAUGGACCGGGCUGCUAUGCCCUCGAAGGCAAGGAGGGGCUGGGAGAGGCAAAGAGCACCUUCGAGAAGCUGGUCGCGCCGCUGCGCGAGAAUCCGGGCCCCAUCAAGAGCCCACGAGCACGCGAGCCGCCGCAGCAGAGCGCCUUCCCCUUCACGGGCGGCGAGACGGAGGCGCUCAAGCGUCUCGACCACUACCUGGGCGCCGGACGCCCGGGCCAGAAGUACAAGGAGACGCGCAACGGCAUGCUUGGCGUCGACUACUCGACCAAGUUCUCCGCGGCGCUGGCGCACGGCACCAUCUCGCCGCGCCUCAUCGCCAAGCGCGCCGAGGACAUGGACAAUGGCGGUCGUGGCGGCGGCUACUGGGUCGUGUUCGAGCUGCUGUGGCGCGACUACUUCCAGUUCGUCGGGCUCAAGUACGGCUCUGCGCUCUUCACGCUCGAGGGCAUCGAGGAGGAGCUCGACUCCAAGGCGGCCAAGCAGAAGACGCAGCAGUGGCUCGCGCCGGACAGCUUUGACAAUCAGGACGACGCAUAUGUGCGCUGGACGCAGGGCCGCACAGGCGUGCCGCUCAUCGAUGCAAACAUGCUCGAGCUGGCCGAGACUGGCUUCAUGUCGAACCGCGGCCGGCAGAACGUCGCGAGCUUCCUGACCAAGGACCUCUACUACGACUGGCGCCUCGGCGCCGAGUGGUUCGAGUCGAUGCUCUCUGACUACGACCCGAACUCGAACUGGGGCAACUGGCAAUAUGUCGCCGGCGUCGGCAACGACCCGCGCUCGAGCCGGCAGUUCAACCCGAUCAAGCAGGCCAACGACUACGACCCCACGGGCUCCUACGUGCGCGCCUGGCUGCCGCAGCUGCGCGAGCUGCCGGACAACGUGGUGCAGCACCCCUGGACGGCCGAGCAGAAGCCACAGGACUACCCCGCGACGCCCGUCGUGGAGACGCCCAGCUGGAAGGCACACUACGGCGGCGGCCGCGGCGGCGGCCGGGGGCGCGGCCGGGGCAGAGGCGGGCGCGGCGGACGCGGCGGAGGCGGCGGCCGCGGCGCACGAGGCCAGAACAAGGGCCGGCCGGCAUAG